AUGGACAAGCCCAAGAUCGAGUUACCCAAAGACAUAGGUGAAGACAGGGUCAAUGAGGCUGUGAGACUUGGCUCAAUGAUUUUGAGUUCUGCCAAGGCAAGUGGAGGCCGAAAGCAGAAUGGGUUGAUUAAGGGAGCAACUAAGACCGUGACUACCAUUCAGUUUGUUGAUUAUGUUUCAAGGGAGAGGAAUAUUGUUUUAGGGACUACCAUCGAAGAGUCAACCGAGAAGUGGUUGAUGGAGUCCAAGCCUUCUAGAGAUAUGAUGGGUCGAGGACCUAACCAUCUUGUUGCGGUGCUGUCAAAGGGCUUCGGACUUGGAGCUAACCACUCAGCAAAGCUGGAUAGGCACAGAGGCUACCGCUAUGGAGAUAGCAACAACCAUGACUCUUACUUCAAUAACAGCAACCCCUAUCGAGCGCCCUCGCGUUUCUCCGACGCCUCUCCUAUGAGCCGCUACAAAACCAAUAAUGAUGCCAACAGUGAUUCCAACGACAAGUUUGAUGCCCAAGAUCCCUACCUCCACCAUCGAAGUAGCCCUAGCAACUUCCGAGGAGGGCAUCAUCCUUUCGAUAGUCCUCCUCUUCAGACUCACAACAGCGGUGGUGUCGGGGGAGGAGGAGGUUUUCGCCCAAUUGGUGGUGGCUCAGGUGGCGGAGAAGGGGGAGGGUUUCGGCCUAUGGCUGGUGGUUUCGAGGGUAAUUAUCAACAACCUCCACCACAUCCUGUGCAGCAAACUUACACGGGACAGAAACGCCCUUUUCCCUUCCCUGGCCGUGGAGGUGAACCUCCCAACAAAGAUCGAUUUGGUAGUGCUGGCAGUGGGGGAAACUUUGCCAAACUUUUUGUGGGAUCUGUACCAAAGACAGCCAGAGAAGAGGAUAUUCAACAUGUAUUUCAACUGCAUGGAGAUGUGAUAGAGGUUGCUUUAAUAAAAGAUAAGAAAACAGGCCAACCUCAAGGAUGUUGUUUUAUAAAAUAUGCAACCUUAGAAGAAGCUGAUAGGGCUAUUAGAGCCUUACACAAUCAACAUGCUCUGCCUGGGGGAGUGGGUCCUAUCCAAGUCAGAUAUGCUGAUGGGGAGCGAGAGCGCCUUGGUGCUGUUGAGUACAAAUUGUUUGUUGGAUCGCUGAACAAACAAGCUACUGAAAUGGAUGUGCAGGAAAUUUUUUCUCAGUUUGGUCGAGUUGAAGAUGUUUACCUCAUGCGUGAUGAAUUAAAGCAGAGUCGUGGCUGUGGGUUUGUUAAAUACACCGACAGAGAAACGGCUUUAGCAGCUAUAGAUGCUCUCAAUGGAAUUUAUACAAUGAGAGGUUGUGAUCAACCAUUAACUGUCCGUUUUGCGGAUCCUAAGAGGCCUCGGCAAGGAUCUGGAGACCCAAGGGGUGGUGCUGCUGCAUUUGGAGGUCCAGGUUUGGGUCCUCGUUUCCAAGCACCAAGGCCUAGACCAGCAACCAACAUUGGUGACACCACGGGGGAUCGUGUUCCACCUAUUGCUUGGCACCCUAUGAGUCCACAGAAUAUGGGACAAACUCCUAAUCCUGGCGUUCGGAGCGGGGGGAACCAGAUGUUACCUAGGUCUGCUGACAUAGCAAUACCUUUAAAUCCAGUAAGAACAGUACUUGGAUAUAAUCAACCUUCAUCAGAAGUUCCAACCAUUGGUAAUCAGAUUUCACCUUCACAGAAGACCCUUGCAUCACCUCAGAACCUACCUCCUUCCUUUCAUCUGCACCCCUCAGCACCUGUAUCAUACUCACAGACACAAACUGCGAAUGUUGGUCAACUUCAAGUUUCCCAUACUGCUAGUCAUACUUCAUUCGGUCCGGCACAUCCCUCACAAAAUUUAGCUGGUUUGAGCAGCCAGUUGCCUGCGUCUCGGCCACAAGUUCAGCAGAAUGCUUCGUCUGCUGAAGCCCUACCACCCAGUUCUGUGGCCAUUGCUGCAAAUCAACAACAGAUACCUGUUCCUACCCAGCAGCAACUGCUUCAACCACUUCAGCAGUCCCCUUCUCAGCUAGCGCAGAUGCUGUCUCAGCAAACACAAACUCUGCAAGCAAGUUUUCAAUCAUCUCAGCAGGCAUUUUCUCAGCUGCAACAACAAUUGCAGCUGAUGCAGCCUUCAAAUCAAAAUAUGACAAUGCAGCAGAAUUCACAGGCUCCUAAACAGCAGUGGGCUGGGAUGACACCACAGACUGUCAGCAGCAGUCCUGCUAGUACUCUCAGUAAAGAUGUUUCUUCAUCUGCAUCUGCUGCUGUUGCACCUGUUAGGGCGCCAGCAGUAGCUUCUGUAGAAUGUCAUUGGACAGAGCAUACUUCACCUGAUGGAUUCAAAUACUAUCAUAACAGUCUAACACGUGAAAGCAAGUGGGAGAAGCCUGAAGAAUUAACUUUGUUUGAACAACAGCAGCAACAACAGAAGUAUCUGGGUCAACAAACUCAGUUACACCCUUCACAACAGGCCCAGCUUCAAACACAGAUUCGCCAUCAUCCACAGUUACAGCAGCAUAUGUAUCCUGCAUUGUAUUCACUUUCUGGAGUUAGAAAUCAACAAAAUACACAGGAACUUGGUUAUGGACAAUUACCGGUGGCACCAUCACCCAAUGAUACAUCACACUUCCAACAGGGACUUCAGAUGGUGCAGGAUUUAACAUGGAAGAAUAAACCAUAAGGGACUUGGAAGCUGAAGAGAAUCUGCUCAUGGGAACAAAAUUUUGUUGUUGAUGAAUGCUAGCCAAUCGAUAAUAACAAAUAUAGUGAUGGCGAUGGCACGCAUGUAACCAGAUCAGAUGUGUCAUAGUAGCUAAAAUAUUAUGUAAUAGUAACCUUGUCAGAGUUUAGUGUGGCAGACAUUGCCUGCUUCCUGCAGUUACUGGCAUUUCGAGCCUGUGCCAUUGAGAAGUUAGUGAGGGCAAUGGAAUCCGUCUGUAUGUAACAUAGUGAUGUUAUUUGCUAUAGUAACCAGGUACACAUA